AAAAACAAUAUACCUAAAUCAUCAAAAUAAAAACAAGAAGUGAAAAAUAAUAGUCAAAUGUUUAUAAAAAAAAAAUUAUAAAAAUGGAAAAUAAUAUUAGCAAUGAAUAUGUAACAUUUGCAUUUUCAAAUAUUCACAAUACAAUACAAGAAAAUAUGCAUGAAGAAAUAUGUGAUGAAGAAGCUGAAUGUAUAUUACCAAAUGAUUUAACAGAGGUAACUGUUGUUAAUGUUAAUGGCCAACAAUACAAUGACAAUAAUCAUAUUUCAAUUGAAAUAAUAACUGACAAAAAUAACGUUGAUGAAAAUAAUACACUUGUUUAUCCACUUUACAUAAAACAAGAGAAGCAUCAUCAACAACAACAACAACAACAGUUUACAUCAGGUGAUGAAUCAGUUGCAGUAGAAGCACUUCGUCAACUCGGUGGUACAUAUACACCAUCAUCAUUUAAAAUUGAUGAUAACAUAAAAUGCAUAAAUUGUCAUCGAGAAUUUACUAAAAAUGAUUACAAAAAUCAUACAAAAUUAUGUAAAAAAAAAAACUUAUCAUGUACAACAUGUAGCGAAACAUUUGAUCGUUUAACUGAUUUAAAUAAUCAUAUUGUUUGUCAUCAAACUGAUCGUCCACAUUCAUGUAGAACAUGUGGUAAUUUAUUUCGUACAAAAACAUUAUUAAAUAAUCAUAUGAAAACAACUCAUAAAAUUGGUAAAUUACAUAAAUGUAAUGUAUGUGAUGAAGAAUUUAUGCGUCCAUCAAGUUUAUCAAAUCAUAUGAAAAUACAUUCAUAUACACCUGGUCGUGCAAUAAAAGAUAACAACAACACAACAUAUGAUUUGAUACAAACAAAAGUAACUGAUGUUGAUGAUAAAAAUUAUAUUGAAAUAAAUAAUAUUAUUCAAAAUGAUGAGGAAGAUGCUGAUGAUCCUAUAAUGCCAUCAACAUCAUCAACCAGCCAUAAUAAUAAUCUACAAAAUUAUGAAACAAUAAAUACAUGGCCAAAUUCAACAUAUACAUUAAUUAAUAAUAAUCAAAAUACAAUAUCAACAAUAACAAAUACUCAUGAUGAUAAUGAUAAUAAUUAUGCAAUUAGUGAAUUUACUGUUAUGCCAAAUGGUGAUGUUACACAAACAUAUGAAUAUACUGAAAAAUUACAACAAGAAAAAAAAGAAAAAUUAUCAAUACCUGAUAAUACAAUAAGCAAUAAUGAUAAUAUAGUUAAAAAAUUAAAAAAUAAUAAAGAAAAACAACAAUAUUUAUGUGAUAAAUGUGGUAUAAAUUUUAGCAAUAUUAGUUCAUUUAAAAAACAUGAAAAAGUACAUGAAAAAGUGAUGAAAAAUAAUGGUGAUAAUGAUGAUGAUGAUGAUGAUAUACCAAUUGAUUGUGAAUAUUGUGAUAAACAAUAUGAAAAUAAUGAACAUUUAAUGAUACAUCAUAAAACAUGUAUUAAAAAAUUAUUAAAUGAUAAUAAAAAUAAUAAAAUAAUAAAUAAUAAAUAUAAUAAACAUGCAUGUAUUGAAUGUGGUAAAAAAUUUACAACAAAACAAAAAAUGUAUCGUCAUCAAUGGAUACAUAGAAAAAAAACAUGGAUAUGUGAACAAUGUGGUAAACAAUAUGAAAAACAAAAUGAAUUAGAUGAACAUCGUAUAUCAAUGCAUCCUGGUGAUUCACCAUAUACAUGUAAUGAUUGUGGUAAAUGUUUUGUAUCACGUCAAGGUUUAUGGGAACAUGGUAGAACACAUGCUGGUAGUCCAGCACAUUUUCAUUGUGAUAAAUGUGGUAAAACAUUUUCAUCACGUCAAGGUUAUUUAAUACAUCAUCGUACACAUACUGGUGAACGUCCAUAUGGUUGUCAAUAUUGUUGGAAAGCAUUUCGUGAUGGUGGUACAUUAAGAAAACAUGAACGUAUACAUACUGGUGAAAGACCACAUGUAUGUCCAAUAUGUAAACGUGCAUUUAAUCAAAAAGUUGUAUUACGUGAACAUGUUAGAUGGGUACAUGCUGCAUCUAAAAAUGAUAAUAAAAAUUCUACACCACCAUAUCCAUGUCCAUUAUGUAAUUAUAUUAAUCAAGAUCGUGAUGAAUUAUGUGCACAUAUUGUUAAACAUUCUGAUCAAAUUAUUGCUGAUGCUAAAGCCAAAGUUACAAACGUACAAACAACAACAACAACAACGUCAAUAAAGAAUUCUAACAAUAAUAAAAAAUCACCAAAAGGAAAAAAAUGUAAAAAAUUAAAAACUGAUAAAGAACAAAUGAUUAAAAUUAAUAAUAAUGUUGGUAAUAAUAAUAGUGGAACAUUGUUACUUGUUACAACUGAUAAGACUGUUGAUAAAACUGAUGAUAAUAUUGAUGACAAUACUUGCACAAUAACUAUUGAUAAUAAUGACACAUAUAUUUUACCAUGUACAAGUCAAGGAUAUCAAUUACAUGACAAUGAUUUAUCAACAUUAUUAUUACAAUCAAAUAGUAAUAAUAAUGGAAAUCAAACAAUACAUUUUAUUAAUGAAAAUAAUACUAUUCAAAUUAUUGAAAAUGGUAAUGAUAAUAAUUUACCAAUUAUAAUUGAUCAAGCUAAUAAUUAUCAUGACAAUAAUAUAACAGAAAUUAUUAUUAAAAAUGAUGAUGAUAGUUAUGAAAUUAUGGAAAGUGAUGCUAUUGAAAUAUUUGAUAAUUAUGAUUAUGAUGAUGAUGAUGGUGAUCUUUCAUGUAAACUUUGUGGUGAUAUUUUUAAUGAUAAAAAUAUACUUAUGGAACAUAUUAAAGAACAUACAAGUGUUAACACAAAAUAA